CAAGCGUUGGAUUCCAACCUGAGUCAUUUGGUCAAGAGGAACAAUGAGUUGGAGGGGUUGAUGGGAAAGUUGAUCCAAACCUGUCAACAUGUAGAGGUGAGUGCUCUAUGUCACUGACCAUGCUAUGAGUCCAGGGAUGUGUGCACGUGCAAGGGGCAUACUGUAGUUAGUUAGUAUAGUGCAUGGGAUGCAAGCCCAAUUUACUGUAUGCUGUUCACCUCAGAGAAAAACAACAAACUUUGUUGAUUUUUGUAUUGAUGUCAAAUUUCAAAUGAAGAAUUAUGAUUUCCCUGACAUGCUUAUGCUAAUGUUGUCAUGUCAGUCAUGUCAUGAUCUGUCAGUCAUAAAGUAGUUUAUGUGGCAACAGAUGCUCCUGUCUCUGCUUGAGUUUGACCAUCUGAAUUUGUACAUAGAAUCAUAUUCUACAAUUUCAAAAUGCACAGUAUUUUCCUGAUAUGUAGGCUACUAAUCAUUGAGUUGUCAAGUAACACAAAAAUGUUAUAUAAAUGUCCAAUUUAAAUGUCCAAUUAAAUGUGCAAUACAAUCAGAUUAUACUUAUGUAUCAAUACUGAGACAAAAGAUUGGUUGUGCCACUUCUUUAAUGAAGGUUCUUCUGGAUUAAGCCUUUCUGUCCAUAGUCACUUGUUCUUGAUCUGUGAUGAUUCAAAUUAGAAGCGCCUGAGAGGAAAGAGUUACAGCCCCAUGGUGGAAGGGCAGGCUAGCUAUUCUGCCUCUAACAACCAUCUCAAAUAUGGAUAGACAAGGAAAUGAAAAUGACAUGGCCUGAAUCUUUUUGACUUAUGCUCUAAACAGAGAUUGUAUUAUGUCUCCAUGGACACUGUAACCAGUACACUAAAAGGGUGCCAACAUUUGAGGACAGGUCCACUUGUCAGUCCACUUUGGUAAUUACAUUUAGCCUUUUAAAAUCCACAAACCUUGUCCUUUCAAAAUGGAUGUAUUUAAAUAAUGCAUCAGAGAGAAAGAGGGGAAAUAUCUGACCUCUGUUUCAUGGUGGAUGUAGGUCGGAACAAAUGUGUACAUGGUUUUUAAACACACUUCCACCCAUUAAAUAAUGAUUGUACAGGCUAACUCUCGAGUGUUUCUGUUAUUUAUUUUGUGUGGUGUGUGUGUGUGUGUGUGUGUGUGCAGCUUGUGCUCAGUGAAUCAACUUUUCAAAAGUCAUCUGCGUGAAUAAUUGAGGAAUGUGGAAUGAGCUGCAGAAUUAUUGUGCAACUCAUGAAGCAACUUCAUUAAAUCUGUAGAUUUUAAUUUGCUGCGAGUGUAAACUCUAAUUCACUAUAUCCACCCCAAGGAUUACAAUUAGGUUUUUUUUAGUAUAGUCAUCAUCACUGUACAUAAAUGUGCAAGGAGUGGAAAGGUACCCUUUCUCAGCACUUAAAGAGAGUACACAGGACGCGUGUGUACUUUUUGGAGAGAUUACUGAAUAUUUUAAAGCCUUCUAAAGCAAAUCCGCCUUCUGUUAAAAGUUUCUGAGCUCUUUUGAAGUGCAAUUCUCCAGAAACGCAUCUCCUUCAGGUUAAAUGAAUCACUUAUGCUCCUGCCAAAGACUCAUCUGUCAUGUCCAUCACACGCUCCCUUGCCAUGGCCAAAGGCUGAGCCCACAGCUAAAGGAUGUGUGCCAGCCAUGUGUACUCAUGAUGCUGUCAUGGCAUCAUUGCAACAGCAUGUGUGUGUGUAUGCUUGUUUGCCUGUUUUUGUAGGUAUAUGGGGGAGAGAGAGAAAGAGACAGAAAAGCGGGGCUAAUUAAUAAUUAUUAAUCUAAUUAAUCUAAGAUUUCAAGAGAUGCUAGAAUGAUUUAAGAGGAAUACUGUAUGUCCUCACUGAACAUCCAGCUCCUACUGUAGUACAUAGAUGGUUCAUUAGACCUAAAAUCCACAAAUAUUUCAUAGAUCAGAGGGAGAGAUGGGGGCCCUCACCCAUGAUCUCCUCUAAACCCUGUGAAUUUACAGUAGAUAAACCCACUCACAGGGCAAAGGAACCUAAUUACUGGCGUUGAAAAAACGGAUCUGUGUGGGUUUCAAUGAGUCCCUUUCAUAUUAUAAACAGCCUGUCCACACCAGGGAGUGACCUUAACACACCUCGUUGGCCUGGCAACGCUCAAACAAUCCCCUCUUUCAUGACUCCCCACACCACGUUUCGCAUCGCUUCGGUCGAAACCUGUCCAGGUGGUGAAAUCUGUGUUUCCCCAGGACAUAAAAACGGGCACCAAAGAGGCAUCUAUUUCAAAGGUCUGUGGCUAGUAAAGUGGACCUGAGCGUGCAUGCACUCACCGAUCUGUAGACUGAUCCAAAUGCUACAUAGAAUUGAGCACUGUUAGACUCAGCAAAACACAGGCGCAGGCAUUCCUUAUUUUCUGUAGUAGCCAGAAACAAACACACAUUAAGUUACUGUGGUUCAAUAUUGAUUCAUUCACCCAUAGGUUAUUAUUUGCAACGCAAAACCAACUGACAUCUGAAUGAGCAUUAGUUGAACUAGAGCUUUAAAUGGAUACUGCAAGAUUCUGGCAAUUAAUCUGUUUUUUCUACUUUUUUCUAAUUCCUAGCCUUGAGACAUGCCCUGUAGGUCAGACAUUUUGAUAAUUACAAACCAUUAAAGGGAUACUGCGAGAUUCGUUUUUCGACAUAGCCAGAGUCAGAUGAACUUGUGGAUACCAUCUUUCUGUCUCUGCAUGCAGUAUGAAAGAAGUUAGAGGUAGCCAAUGCUGAGCCACUACUAACUAGCGUUAGUGCAAACCAUAUGCUGGUGUUCCUGUAGACUUCCAGGCAUUGCGCUGACGCUAUUUAGCAAUGGCUCUCAAAACUACCUCUAACUUCCUUCAUACUGCACACAGACAUACAAAUGGUAUCCAUGAGGCUAUGAAUUAUCAGACAGAUUAAUUAUGGUUCAUUUGUGUUUCUCAGGUCAAUGCAUCACGGCAGGAGGGAAAGCUGAUGGAAGAAUGCGACCUCCUGAUUGAUAUCAUCCAGCAAAGGAGACAGAUCAUUGGGACCAAAAUCAAGGAGGGAAAGGUAAGAUCCAGGAGUGGCCAUGGGUCUGAAACGGGAUCCCAUCCAACACACACACAAUCCUCUGCACUUUCUCUGAGCUUCAGUCUGAACUGUAUGGUCUGUGAGGGAAUGUAAUAGUAAAAUAACAGAAGGGUUAAUGUCUCUCGCCUUCUGUUCGGGGUCUGCUUUGGAGCUGUUGGAAAAUCCACCGUCUGUUUACUCCCAAUCUGUUCAUUUAUGAUGCAAAGCGAACAUUUGCACAAGGUCACCAGGGGAAUUGGACCAUGCCAAUGUAUCCAAAUGUCUGACCUACAGGGCAUGUCUCAAUUAUUUUUACUGACUGACUGAGUUGGAGUUCGCUCAAAGCUAACUAUUUGUAGUCAGAGAGGAAAUGAAAACGACUUCACUCUUUGUGUGACUUUUACUCGCUUCAGUUCCCUUGUUGUAUUUCUGUUGGCGUUGGAAUUACCAAUAGCUCUCCAGGGUUAGUCAGAAGCCAGGUUCCUGCUAUUUCUCUAAAGGGCGGGACUUCCUUCCUUCCUUCCUGGUCUCGUGUCAGGACUUGAGUCAGGAGCGGGGCUUUAAAGUUGAAGGGCCAUAGAGGCAGUUUAGCUCUGAUCUUUCGGCUGGAAUGAAACCUGCCUAAAUGGAAAUCCUUUAUGGUGGGUGGUUGCCGCUGAGACGAUAGAGAGACAAUUUUGUAUUUUUUCCUGCUCCCACACCUCUGGCAUUGUCCAGAUAUAGGAUAUGGGUGACAAGUUGUUUCAUAUAAAUACCAGAAAAUUGCAACAAAAAUAUACACAUUCGAAUGAAACCAAAGAUUAGUUGUUUAGUUAGAGUGGGUCAGAAAAUGUUGAUGAGGGUAGUGUCUCUGACAUAAAUACAACAUCCAACCAACCACAUUUCACUGCCCUCAAUCACUCUCUCUAAACCUCUCAUUAGGUGAAGAGAAAGCAACAAGCAAAAAACAUCUGGAUAGGAUCCCAAAUGCCCAAUCUGGGCUAAAUCUCUACCAUCCCUGACGUGGGAUUAAUUUAAUCACCUUCAACCCAUUCUAACCCCCCUCUGUCCUAUCUGUUCUACAGGCGGUCAGGAUUAGGAAGCUAGCUCAGCAGAUCUCCAACUGUAAGCAGUGCAUCGAGAGGUCCUCUGCCCUCAUCACCCAGGCCGACCAGACCCUGAAGGAGACGGACCACGCCCGCUUCCUCCAGACCGCCAAGAGUAUCACCGAGAGGUGAGCCAGGCCAGCACGGAGGGCAUGGUAGAAGUUCACUACAAACACAGGCUCUCUGACUAACCAUUGGGAAUUCACAGUCAACCAACAUGACCUCUGGUAUCUUAUGAAAAUGUGCAACAUAGUGGGAUAGUUGUGAACUAAACCCUCUGGGAAAUGUGUUUGUGUUAGGGUUUCCAUGGCGACCGCCUCCUCUCAGGUCCUGAUUCCAGAGAUCAACCUGACGGACACGUUUGACACGUUCGCUCUGGACUUCACCAAGGAGAAAAAGCUGCUGGAGAGCCUGGACUACCUCACAGGUACAGAGUACAAUCAGCCUGCUUACUAGUAGUGGUGGGCGCCAAUAGUGAUAGUUCAAAUCAAUAGCGAUAGAUUGUGAUAAUUUGGCGGUAUCGUGAUAUACUGUGAUAUUGUUGCCUAUAUCGUGAUAUUGCUUUGUAUCAUGAUAUCUACUAUAUCAAAGCACUGGCAAUAUAUGCACUCAACCUAACUGGGGUUGAAAGUUCCACAUCGACAUAAUGUCAAAAUUGUCAAUGUUAUUGCAGUACAAAAAAAAUGAUACAUCAUUUGAAUGGAUUUAUUAGAGAUUGUGGAAGAGAUUCUUGUUUGGUCUUUGUGAUGGCAGAGGGCUUCGCUUGAGGGCUGGCUCACUAAGAGAAUCACUCUGAGUCAUCGAUGUGUACUCACUGGCGGAGGGGGAGAGCGAUAGAGAGAGAGAGAGAGAGAGAGAGAGCGAGAGAGAGAGAGAGAGAGAGCGAGAGAGAGAGAGAGGGAGAAAGCAGGAGCGGGAGAGAGAGAGAUGAGAGAAGAGAGAGAGUAGGGUUAGGGAGGGGAAGAGAGCAAAAGAUGUCAUCAGCUAAAUCACACUGUCAACCUCUGAAAUAUUAUCUAGGCUAUAAAUGAUCAUUAGCAAGCAAAAUCUUGGCAAUCAAUAUAAGUCACUAGCCUUCAGUCCUCCUUUAAAAGUCCUCCUGUAAAACUGCACGCUCAAAGGUGAACCACUGUUAUUUCAUUGUUAUGCCAGAGCAUGCAUAACAUUUUCUAUUCUUACCCUUCUCUAAUUUCUCAUUACCCAUAUCUAGCGCCAAGUCCUCCGGGCAUCAGAGAAGAGCUCUGCACUGCAUCGUACGACACCAUCACCGUCCACUGGACCUCAGACGACGAGUUCAGUGUGCUUUCCUAUGAACUCCAGUAUGCUAUCUUCACAGGUCAAGCCAACGUUGUCAGUAAGUAUCUGGGUGUAGGCAAAAAUACAGUCACACAUUCCAGAAACACCUCCAAGCACACAACUAUCUUCAUAGGUCAAGCCAAUGUUGUCAGUAUGUAUCAGGGUGUAAGCUAAACUACCCUCUGGCAGACAAGACACACCACCAGACACACAAUGGUAUCUUCACAUGGCAAGCCAAUGGUGCUAGUAAGUCCACAGAAUGCCUUGAGAGAACGCUUUGUUCUCACAGAACUCUCUCCUGAUGAUAACUCUAGUAUUUUCCAACUCAAAGCCAAGCGAAAAAUCAAGUGGAAAGCCAAACAGCUGGAGGACUCAAGAAUCAAAACCGAAUCAUGCGUUUCUUCUCACCGAGCCUGAAUAGGGCCAAUGGGGUGAGCUCAAAUCUCAGGAUCUCAGCUUGAGUUAUUGCAGAGUCAAAGGGGACAGAGUGGGAAGGAGAGAGGGAGGGAGACUAGCUGAUUCGAAUUACAGUCAUAACACGAAUCAGUGCUCAGAGCCCUCCUCCCCCACGGAUCACGCCGAAAGCCACACUCAUGCAUACUUCACUGGGCAAGCAAUAUAAAAUGAGGUCAGGGGAUGGGAAAUAUAGCUUCUUAGAUUCAGAGAACAGAAGGAGAAGUGUGGUUUGAUGAAAGCGGAUGGCUAGCAAAAAAGGUUAUAAGAUAUCAGAAGGCGAGGUCAGUACAGGUGCAUCAAAGCUGGGACCGAGAGAAUGAAAAACAGCUUCUAUCUCAAGGCCAUCGACUGUUAAAUAGCCAUCACUAGCAAAUUAGAGGCUGCUGCUGCCUAUUGAAAUCACUGGCCACUUUAAGAAAUGGAACACUAGUCACUUUAAUAAUGUUUACAUAUCUUGUACUACUCAUCUCAUAUGUAUAUACUGUAUUCUAUUCUAUAAUAUUCUACUGUAUCUUAGUCCAUGCCGCUCUGUCAUUACUUGUCCAUAUUUGUAUAUAUUCUUAAAUUCCAUUCCUUACUAGUUUUGUGUGUAUUGGGUUAUAGUUGUGGAAAUUGUAAUAUUACUUGUUAGAUAUUACUGCACUGUCGGAGCUAGAAGCACAAGCACUUCGCUACACCUGCUAUAACAUCUGCUAAACACGUGUAUGUGACAAAUAAAUGUGAUUUGAAUUGAUUUGAGAAUAAAUAGGAUAUGAUAUGUCUCCUAUUGUUAUCAUCUCACUUCACUUCAAACAUCAAGUAGCAUUUUAGCAACAAAAAAAGAGAAGAAACUGAACACUACCAGAGCUAUAGCUUUAGUAUUGCAAUACAUCACCAGUGUUGCUGCAAAACUGGCUUUUUCCAUGCUUAAAUCAUGUUGAAAACUCCAGUGCCCUCAAGUUGAAUGCCUUUUAGAAUGUAUUUCGAUACCGAUAUACAAAAUGAAUGAACAUAAAUGUAUAAUAGAAGUCUACCAUGUUCACCCUUGAAUGAUAAUUGAACAUAACAAUUGUGUCAGUUGCUGUGUUUGGAGCCCCAUUGAGCAGAAGACUCUCUAAGGGCCUUUCUUUUUUUCAAGUCUACCAACAUCAGCACUUUUCAUGAGGGGUGCUGUAAACCCAGUGUGACACUUGUUUUUUUUCCACUUCCUCCUCUCUGCUAUGUUUUCUUCCCGCUCUAGUUUCACAUCCAAUCACCAGGUCUAAGCUCUGGGCUGAGGCUGAGUUGUUGUCACAAUGUCACAUCUUAGAAAACACGGUAGAGGAAAGGGGUGACGGCAAACACUGGUCCCAUAGGGUAUCACUCAGGGUCAUUUAAUUGCAGGGCAAUUGAAUAACUGACUGAGUUUUCUCUCACUAAUGUAAAUAAUGUGUGGCAGGCACUCCGUUCCAAAAUGGCUGCCAUGUGUGAGGUGAGAAUGGCACUUUCCAUUUAAAAUAUUGGCAAAUGUACUGUACAUUCACAGUGCACUGUACAUUUACAGCACAGAAGCCUUCAGAACACGUUAGACAUGAUGAUGGGGUAUGAUGGGACAUGGUAGCCUAUAGAGACGGACAAAAAGGUGUAAUGGGUUCGCACACAAAUAAAUGUCGCAUAAAUCUUACGGAGAAUACACUGUGCACUCAGCAUGAUGGCCACUCUGUCAGAGAGUUAAGCCUGCGGGCAUCAAUGUGGCAUAGCGCAGUUUAGUAUAUACCUAUCACAUGUAUAGCACAGCCAUUGAGAUGUGAAUGACCUACAACCUCCUAACGCCCACAGUAACCACAUGAAACAACAGAGUAGAGUUAAUCGCAAUAGAAAGGGAAUGUGUUGGAUGAUUAUAAAUUAAUCAAUAUUAAUGUCAUAAUGCUAUGAUGCAUUCUGGCUGACUGUGGCUUUUUGAAGAUCACUCACAUUUUUCAUAAUGAAUUUACUUUGUAUGACAAAUCACCCCAUCAUUCCACGUUUACUACACCCUCUGAUACCAAAAUCAUAUUGGACAAGAAGCUUUGUCUGAACACUGAUAAUGAAUCCUCCCCCUCUCACUUGGAUAUGAUCAAAGGCAAUAGAAUAGAUUGAGGAAAUGACUGAUAGUGGAAUUUGGACCACUCCUCUCUGUCCUCUAGCUCUGGUCUCCUAGGAACACAUUCAUCUACUUCCUCCUCUCCCUAACACAAACAGACUCAACCCUAGACCUCGUUCAAAUUAUAGAUAAGACUUCGCUAACAGAAGAACAAAAAAUGCAAUAUGUUGGGGAAAUAUGGAUUUAAUUAAAUGGUGAAUGGUGGUAUUUGGUCCAAGUAUGAUACUUACCUUGGCUGAGGAUUGGCUGUCUCUGCGGCAGGCAAAGUUUUCCUCAUUAUGUGACAAUUAACUUUGCUUAUGUCAUGGAAUUGUGCCUGACAGCAGUUUACGAGUGACCUAAUUAAUUGAAGAUGUUUGCUUUUCAAAGUUUAUCAAAGCCACAAUACUUCAACAACAACGUCUGUGUACUCUGUGUUGUGGGUCUGUUAUAGCCACUCUGUGUGUGUUCAUGUGACUACGUGUGUGCAAACGGAGCCAUUUGUGUAUUCACUCAUAUGCACCAAUGCAUAGCUGAGUGUGUAUGCAUGACAACACUGGAACUGUGCGUCUGUGUCUCCAUCCCAGGCCUCUGUAACUCUGCAGACAGCUGGAUGAUCGUGCCUAACAUCAAGCAGAACCACUACACCGUCCACGGCCUGCAGAGCGGCACCAAGUACAUCUUCAUCGUCAAAGCCAUCAACCAGGCGGGUGCCCGCAGCAGUGAGCCAGGAACACUCAAAACCAACAGUAAGGGCUCCAUACAUUACGAUAUAAGGAAACUUGGCAUUAUAACAUGCCAUUUUUAAAGAAGCACAGUAUCUUGUGAUUCUUACCUAAUAUGGACACCAUAUUAUGUAUUAUUACAGUGUCCAUAUUAGCACAGCAUCACAUGUCGGGGAUGGUGUCCUAAUAUGGACACCAUACAUACAGCUGCUGCCUUCAUAGCCUAUCCUAUCCUAGCCCUUUGCUAACGUAACCAUGUUGUCUCUCUCUGUCCUCUUCGUCCAGGCCAACCUUUCAAGCUGGACCCCAAGUCCGCCCACAAGAAGCUGAAGGUCUCCCAUGACAACCUGACGGUGGAGCGCGACGAGACGGCAUCGAAGAAGGGACACGGCCAGGAGCGCUUCACCAGCCAGAAUAGCUACGGAGUCGUCGGCAACGUUUACAUCGACAGCGGACGUCACUACUGGGAGGCCCUGAUUGGAGGAAGCACAUGGUGAGUUAGACCUGGGAGACCUGAUGGACCGAUGUCUUGCUCUGAACCACAUGGUGUUUGGCCUGUUGGAUCUGUCUGGAUAGGAAUGACAGAGCUAAAGGGGUGGUCAUGUUAUGGCACAUUGUAAGUCAGUUAAAGGCACAUUUAUAGAAUGUAGACAGAGAAAGAUUCAAUGCACAUGUAAGAAGUGUUGAAGUGUUUUGAUUUUAGAGGCUGGCUAACAGUCUUCUUACUUAUUUCUCUGCAGGUAUGCGGUGGGCAUCGCCUACAAGUCGGCCCCCAAGCACGAGUGGAUCGGCAAGAACUCGGCCUCCUGGGUCCUGUGCCGCUGCAACAACUCGUGGGUGGUGCGUCACAACAGCAAGGAGCUGGCCAUCGAGCCAUCGCCACACCUGCGCCGCGUGGGUGUCCUGCUGGACUACGACGCCGGCUCACUUACCUUCUACGACGCCGUGGGCUCGCAACACCUGCACACGUUCCACGUGUCCUUCACCCAGCCCGUGUGUCCCGUCUUCAACGUGUGGAACAAGUGUCUGACUGUCCUCACGGGCCUGCCCAUCCCCGAACACCUAGAAGGGUUGGAAACCCAGGACUGAGAACUAGAGUUCCACCGGGCCAAACCAGACUAAGUUGGGUUGGGUUGGGUUAGGUUAGGUUAAGCCACUUCCAAGGCACUUUGGGCCACCAUGAACUAGCAAAGGACGUCUUCAUUCUCGAAUCAUCCCAGAACACGUCAUGCUACCACCUCAUUUCAUUUUAGGCACUUUGGACCACCCCUUGGGCCAACGUCAAUCGCACAGACCACCCUUGAUUCAACCACAGACCACUGUUUGGGAUGGGAAACAAGGAAAGAGCUAUGUAGCUGUACAUUUGUGAAUUAUAGCAUUGCCCAACUCCCACCUUCAUGAUUAUGGAACCAAAGUAGCAAUGCAUUUAAAUGUCUUUACCUACUAUUUUAUUGUGCUUAUAUAAUAGAUAUGAAUUAUUUAAGUGUAAGAAAAUAGCCUAGAUACAUUUCAAUAUGUACAUGUUCCCUUGCAUUUACACAUUGUUCAUACAUUAUUUAUGGUCAGUUUACCGGGGAUAGGAGACAUUUACAAAUGUAGGGAAAUUAUUUUGAUGUAAUUUAUCGAUGUUACUUUCUAAUCUAGGAAAAGUAUUGUGGCCUAAUACAUUAAUGUGUAAAUUAUACAUAUUUUGAGACAACAUCAUUACUUUCUUCCUUACAGUACCUUAACCCCCCAAGUGUAAAAGUACCGUUGCACUUUAGACAAGCAGGGAUACACAACAAAUUGUGUCUUCAAUUGUUUUCAUGUUUUGCAAAGGGAUAGGUCCUUUGUAAUUCAGCCAUGCAUGUUUGUGAGACUCUCUCAGGUCUAUUCCAAAUCCUGUUUUCAUCCAUGAAAAUAAUGCUAAACUACUUUGUCCUCUCCUGAGUGAAUACUAAAUUCCUAUUGUCCUUAGUAGUUGUCACAAACCUGAACUGAAAAACAUUUCCACUUUGUUGUUAGGUACCGUGAGGACAAGACUAUUACAAUAAUUUCUCUAUUCAGGUCCAGUGGCUGCUGGGAGGUAAAUUCCAAUGACAACAACCAUGCCUCUGGGCAUUUGUCAUUCAUAUGUCAUACAGUGAUGUCAUCAGGAAGCACCACACGUACAAACUCAGGCAUUAUUUCAACAAGGUCGAUGCCACCACUAGCCACAGCUUGACCUCAGCUUGACCACUGUAUGACCCAGUGACCAUGAACUCAAACGUUGUAGGAUACAUCUCGCCACUACACACAGGCACUCCAUGAUGUACAUAACAUAUUAUGUUCUCUUUAACUCUGUUUUCUUUCAAAAGAAGGACCAUCUUGAUAUUUUACAGAUCAUCUUGGUUCAGGAUUGGU